AUGGCUCCUACCUACCUGCCUACUACUGACUACUCAAAGCUCUCCAACAAGGAAAAACAUAAAUUAAGAAAACCUGUUGUGGAGAAAAUGCGUAGAGAUCGCAUCAACAACUGCAUUGAGCAGCUCAAGGUGAUGCUGGAGAAGGAAUUCCACCAGCAAGACCCCAACACCAAACUGGAGAAAGCCGACAUUCUGGAGAUGACUGUUGUUUUCCUGAAGCAGCAGCUGCAGCCCCAGAUCUUAGCACCUCAGAAAGCCCACUGUAAUGGCUACUCUCAGUGCUGGAGGGAGACCAUGAACUUCUUGUCUUCCAACUCCAAGCUGGACAUGACACUGCAGCAUCUUAACCAUUGUCAAGCAGUCCAGAGAGCAGCAAAAGUCCUCCACGUGUCUUCACCUGCUUCACAGGCCAGCCAGAUGUUAGUCAAGCAAGAGACCAGUGUCCACAGAGCUGUCUGGAGGCCGUGGUAGAGACAUUGAGCACAACGGCUUUCUCAUGUUAACCAGAAGGGGAUAAAAUAUGAUUUUAUAGUGGAACCUAUGGACAUGCAAUUAUUAGCUGGAAUUCAGCUUCAUAGUGGAGAGCUAAAGGUCAUGUGCUCUGUUAUUGAUUCCAGUGGAAUUACCUGUGAAGCACUUUGUCUUAAUCAGAUAUUUGUAAUUAACCUAUUUUGUUACCUUUUAUAAAG